AUGGUCGCAUGGGCAUGGCGGGUAACGACGUGGUUGGCGCUGAUGCUGACGGCAUGGGCGGGAGAAGAAAGAGGAGGGCUGCGAGGAGCUGGACGAGCAGGAUGCCUCGCCCAUGCUGGUGUUGUGCCAAGAGGGUUGAGACAGUCGCAUGACGAUGCAAGUGGAACAAGUCCCUUUCGUGUUGUUACCCUCCCCGUCUCGAGGGGUUUGCAGAAUGAGGUCGUAGGAUCUAUAGCAGCCCCCAUCAGGAGAGAGAGCUAUGAACAUGCUGGAAGGUCUUACGAGGAGAGGAGGAUGAGACAUCUGGGAGCGGAACUCGACAGCGAGAAAGAUGACGAAGGGGACGGAGGGGACGGGGAGUCCAAGGACGCUGACGCGAAGCGGAGGGAACGAAGGCUGCAUGGGAUUGAUGCUGUGAAGCGUGCAUUGGCGGGAGAGGACGAUCUCUACUCGCUCCUUGGUCUUGGAGAGAGAAGGUGGCAAGCAGGAGAAGAUGAACUAAAAAAGGCCUACCAUCGAACGUCGCUGCUGUGCCAUCCGGAUAAAGUUGUCAGGCAUGGACUCGGCAGUGUGGAGGCUGCAGAUGAGGCGUACAAGCGCAUCAAUAGAGCGUACCAGAUUCUCAGCGACAAGAGCAAGCGCAUGGGCUAUGAUGCCGUUGACACGUGCACGGAUCAUUUGCCGACAGAAGAGGAGAUCAACGAGGGAGGGUUCUUCCCUGUUAUGUCCCACUACUUUGAGGUGAACGCUAGAUGGUCCACCAACCCACACGUGCCAGGCCUUGGAGACGAGAACACAACAUGGGCAGAGGUUGAAAAGUUCUACAACUUCUGGGAGAACUUCCAGACAUGGCGAGAUUUCACCUUCCAGGCUGAUGAGAAGCUCGAAAGUGCACAGAAUAGGUGGGAGCGAAGAGCGAUGAUCAAGGAUCACGACAAGGAGAUCAAGAUGAAGAGGAUAGAGGAGGCCAAUCGCAUACAGAGUCUUGUCCGGAUGGCAAAGGCGCAUGACCCUCGGAUCGCGGAAAGAGAGAGGAUGAAGAAGUUGGAGAAGGAGCGGAAGAAGGCGAUGCGACAAGCGAUGAAGCUCAAGGAGCAGCCGGUCAACAACCAGGACACGGAGAAGGAGAAGGAGGAGAAGGAGCAGUUGGCUGAAAGAGAAGAGAAGGUGAAAGCAAAGCAAGCCUACAAGGAGAACAAAUUCCAUGCACGGAAGGCACGUCAGGCGAUGAGACAGAUCUCCAAGGAGAUCUGCGAUGACGGUGAUGUACCAGGACUGAACAUGGAGGAGCUGUUACAGGACUCUGAUCCCAACGCUCUACGAGUGCUGGCUAGCGACUUAGGGAGGAUCUUGCAAGGGCAGGAAGCUCUUCUCUGGCAAUGCAAGGCUUCGGGAGAGUCCUUGUGCCUCAACCGUAUUCGCGAUCCCUCCUGCGACGACCUGCUGCAGAACCAGGAGAGAGUGAAGAAGGAGGAUCUGCUAGAUGAAGACUACUGCCAACUAACGGGGGAGGGAAAGGACAAGAAGGAGAGAUGUGCUCUUGCUCUCGAUGUGCUGAAAGAGGCAGCGAAACUUCUAUCGGAGGAGAAAGAAACGAUGCAUCGAGCGGCAGAGAGAGCGUCAGUUCUUUUCAACAUCACCCCAGAUACCUUCGUCGUCAACAGCUCGACUUGA